GCUGCCCGCGACUCAGAAAGUGGAUCCUGCAGAAAAAGUCAAGUCAGCAACCACCGGCACUUUAUCGGUGGCUCGUUCUGGCCUUUCUCUUUCUUCCUGUCUUGCGUCAAUCCGCCAGCACGAAUGCGCUGCCAACUAUCGCAGCGGAGUAGUCGCGUGCAAGCCCGGCCGGCGCCGACCGCGGCGCCGUGGCGUCCGGCGCUCAAGUUGAGGAGGGCCUCCACUGAAGUUCGCAUCGCCCAGAUUGACCGGCCAGCCGAUGCAUCGUUCGAACGACGCGCGGAGUCCUCGCCGGGGGCGACGACCGCCGCUGAGCUGGAGCGCUUGGUAGAGGCUACAAUAUCCGAGGAGGGAGGUGUGCAGACGCUGACCGAUAUCUGGCGGCGUAAUGCGGUCACUUACGGCGACAAGCUGGCUGUGCGCGACCCACAUCACGAGGGUAGCCCUGAGAUGACCUUUAGUCAGCUGUACGAGGCGAUGCAGGACUUUGCGGCGGGGCUGUCGGGGCUGGGGCUGCAGCCUCAGGACCGGGUGGCCCUGUUCAGCGAGAACUCCAGUCGCUGGCUGGUGGCGGACGGCGCCGUCAUGGCGGCGGGCGGCGUGGACGUGGUGCGCGGCGCCACCGCGCCGCCCGAGGAGCUGCUGUUCAUCGGCCAGCACAGCGGCGCGGCGGGGCUGGUGGUGCAGGACGGGGCGGCGCUGGCGCGGCUGGUGGCGGCGGCGGCGGAGCACGAGCGGGCGGAGGAGGUCAACCCGCUUCACGACCUGCGCUUUAUCGUGGUGCUGUGGGGCGAGCCGCUCACAACCACCACCACCACCCCGGACAACAGCAGCAGCAGUAGCAGCAGCAGCAGCAGCAGCAGCAGCAGUAGUGGCACCGCCGUGCCGCCGCGCUGUCCUGUGCUGAGCUACAGCCAGGUCCUGGGCGCGGGCGCGGCGGCUCGGGCGGCGGGGCGCUGGCAGCCGGCGGCCGUGUCGCCCGCCGACCUGGCCACACUCGUGUACACGUCCGGCACCACCGGUCACCCCAAGGGUGUGAUGCUGACGCACGCCAACCUGUGCUACCAGGUCCGCAACCUCAGCCACUUCCUGCAGGUGCGCCCCGGAGACCGCGUGCUGAGCCUGCUGCCGCCCUGGCACAUCUACGAGCGCACCUGCUCCUACUUUGUGCUCAGCAGCGGCGGACAGCAGGUGUACACCAACAUCCGGCGCCUGCGUGACGACCUGGUGGCCCACCCGCCCGACCACCUGGUGUGCGUGCCCCUGGUGCUCGACACGCUGCACGCCCGCGUCGUACAGAAGAUCCAGGCGGGGCCGCGCCACCGCGCCGCCAUCGCCACAGCGCUGCUGGCGGCUGGCGCCGCCUACGUGCGCGCGCGCCGCGUGGCGCAGGGGCUGUCGGUGCGGCACGCGCUGCCGUCCAAGGCGGCGGCGGAGACGGCGACGAUGGGGCAGGAGGAGGGUGUGGAGGCGGGGGCGGCGGCGCAGCAGGAGGAGGGUGCGGGGGCGGGGGCGGGCGUGGUGUGGAGCCCGGUGGAGGUGGCGCGGCGCUGGGCGGUGCGGCUGGGUGCGGCGCUGCUGACGGCACUGCUGGCGCCGCUGCAGGCGCUGGCGUCCGUGCUGGUGUACCGCAAGGUCCGCGAGGCCCUGGGCGUGCGGCGCACCGUCAUCAGCGGCGGCGGCUCGCUGGCGGCGCACCUGGACGACUUCUACGAGGCGCUGGGGCUGCAGGUGCUCAACGGCUGGGGGCUGUCGGAGACGGCGCCCGUGCUGGCGUGCCGCCGCGCGGUGGAGGGGCAGAACAUCCGCGGCAGUGUGGGUGUGCCCACCCCCGGCACGCAGCUGCGGGUGGUGGACCCCGAGUCCCUGGCGCCGCUGCCGGCGGGGCGGCAGGGGCUGGUGCUGGCGCGCGGCCCGGGGGUCAUGCCCGGCUACUGGCAAGACCCGGCCGCCAGUGCCAAGGCGUUCCGGGCCGGAGGCGGCUGGUUUGACACGGGUGACCUGGGCUGGGUGGCGCCGGAGGGUGUGCCCGCGUCCAACUGCGCCGGACACCUGGUGCUCACGGGGCGCGCCAAGGACACGCUGGUCCUGAGCUCGGGCAAGAACGUGGAGCCGCAGCCCGUGGAGGACGCAGUGGCCGCCAGCCCGCUGAUCAAGUUCGUGGUGCUGGUGGGGCAGGACAAGCGCGAGCUAGGCGCGCUGGUGUGGCCUGAUGAGGACGCGGUGGCGGCGGUGCCGGAGCUGGCGGCGCUGAGUGCGGCGGCGCUGGAGGACCGGCUGAUGGCCGAGGUCACACGGCUCAACUCGGGCCGGCCCGACUACCACCCCUUUGACCACGUGGCGCACAUCGCGGUGCUGCGCACGCCGCUCAGCCCCGACGACGGCACGCUGACCCGCACGCUCAAGCCGCGCCGCGCCCAGAUCGCCCAGCGCUAUGAGCGCGAGCUGACGCAGCUGCUGGGCCGACUGCGCGGCUGAGGCCGCCCCCCACCUCCGGGACGGGGCCCUGGUUGGGGCCCGGGAUGUGGGACCCGAGAUGAGGGCCCCUGAUGGGGGAGGGCAGGGGGCUCAGGGUCGGGUCCUGGCUCAACACCUCUUGCCGGCCCUGGCCCUGAGGCCCCUGGCUGGGGUCCAGGUUGAGGGUGCUGGCUUGGGCUCAAGCCAUAGGGGCAGGGGAGAGGCAGGGAGGUGAGGUGGUGAUGUGAUUUGUGUGAGGCGGGCGAGGGCGACGUGUGGGCUCUGUAAGGGCAGGGAUGUCGGCUUGGGUGGUCGAGACGCGAAGCCGGCGGGCAGGGCAAAGUGGAGCGUGGCGUGUAUGGAGCGUGCAUGUUCGUGACAUAAGGUGUAUAGGGGUAUGAACGGACAUGUGUACCGCAUGUCCGUACGUGUGGUGAGCGUGGUGUGUGUUCGUAUGGAACGUACUUGGCCUCGGCGCCUUGCCGUGUGCUCGUCUUGUACAUGUCUCGAAAUAAGGAACGUUGUUCGAAACGGAACAAGAGCUAAUCUUGGUCGUUGGUAUGUGCCUGCGCUAUUUACGGAUAUAUGCCCCGGUGGAUGUAUUGAAAUCCCCGGCAGUAGAGGUAGUGUGGCUGUAGGGUCGUCCGUGCAAUUGCGGAAUGUCUUGAGCGUUGUGUGCGUGUGCUCCUUUUGUUUAUCCUCGCGUCAAUGAGAUCCCCCUCAUACGGUAUCCUGUCACCUCAUGAGCCUUACCCAUGUGUUGCCAUUGGCUGUGAUGGCAAUAGUAUGGAAGGAGUACGGUAUGCCUAACACCUAUGUAUGCCAAAGGGGCUAUGGUUGUACCCACGGUGCGGCGUCUAUUGCACGAGAGAUCCAUUGGCGUCGCCCUGCGGAUGCAGGCAGCUGCAUGAGUGGAGUGUCACUAUCACUUUUGUCGCGUAUGUGGUAGCUUGUGCCCCAGUCGGAGAGUGGGUGGUUGUUAGGGUGUACCACUGCAGUGGGUAUCCAUUAGGGGUGUCCAGGGGCUGGCCGACGUCGCUUGCCCAAGUUGCCGUCCCCAAGCCCUCCCCGAGAGCCUGAGUGCGCCGUCAGAGGGCUGCUUUCAGCGCACGGAUAAGGGCACGGAAGCGCGCCGGUGCAGUGAAGUGCGUCGUCUUGUCGUUUGUAACACAUUGUU